UAUUUGAGGUUUCGAUGCAUUAGUUCACUUUUAGCCCACAAUAAUCUAUUCAAAUGCUAACAUAUAUUAAUAAUAUCAACAUUAUAACAGUACAAAUGAACACAGAUAAUAGAGCAUAUGCCUAUUUUUUGCUGUGGUAAUUGUCUUUUACAAACUUUAAUUACGGAUAAUUUAUUAUUUUCAAUGUAUUCUUUUACAUAAAAGACACAGCAAUGUUAAAUAUAUUUACAUUUAAAAUAAGAAUAUAAAAAUAUGCAUUCCUUGAGGAAGCAAAAAUGUGUCCUUUUUUUAAAAAAAAGGACACAUUUUAUAUACAAAAAAGUAUAUAAAAUAUAUUUUUAAAAACAUCUCAGCUUAUCACUCAGAAUCUUCUUGUGAGUGACAGGUUAUAAAUGAAGGUUUGGCAGAGAACAAACCAUUAAGAUAUUUCCAAAAAUCACUAAUAAAAUAGAUAAAGGAGGCCCAGGCCUGGGCUUGCAUGUCUGAUUGAGUGGUUUCCCUCUCUCUGAUCCACUCACAGUUGUCUGUUUUAAUGAAUGUAAUCUGAUGAAAACACACAGCUAUCAUCCUUUUUUUUUUACUUUGCAAAGCUCUGCUGCCUCUUCCUCCACCCCCAUCUUUAACACAGCUAUGAGACCUCUAAUUAUGCAAAGAUUCAAGUAGCUUUUCACUAAACACAGUGUUGUCCUUUGGAACUGAAGAGUGCUUCACAAGCUAAAAGGACAGGCUGUGUGCAAGCAGGUUGAGCAAAUUCAAUUUGUUUGAUUAGUUCUCUGCAUCUGCUUCCUGUUUGGUUUAAAUGGUGACUGUUAAAUAUAGUUUUUGUCUUUUUCAGGGAUUUUUCUGUUCUACUUUCCUGUGUAUAAAUGCAUUUUUUUCCAAGUGUUAGUGCAAAUUAACGGAUGUAAUAAAAUCUUUCCCCCAUGGAAUCAGUGUGACAUAAACACUGGUUUUUGAUAAAUGUGCAGCCAAAGCAUGUUUUCCUUCGCCCUAAAGCACAUCCCAACUAACAAAAUUAUAUUCCAAUUCCAUGCGCGCUGAAUCAGAAGGUCACGUCAAAACAUUUACAAGAAACAAACAUUGAAUGGUUGACUCCUUUUUGGAGUUUCGAUUAAAAAAAUACUUUUUUCCGAAUGCGCAUUCACGUUUUGCGUAAAUGCCAUUUUUGGUCAGGCUGUUUAGUUGUGUUUGUGCGUAAAUAUCUGUGCCAUUCAAUCAUCUUAGGUUCCUGACAGGUGAUUGCGCACGCCCAACUCCACCCAAAAAUCCCAGCGACAUCUUCCCCUUUCAUCUAAUUGGAUGAUAAGUGGGUGCAUUACUGUUGAGCCCGGAGCCAAAACGCUUGCGCGGCCUUUUUCUGCGGAAUCCACUCGCGUUUGCAUCUCAAACCCCAUUUGCUAAUGCACCUGUCCAAUAGCAGAAGCCGAGCGCGUUUUAACUCGGGUGGCAUUCUUGUUUGUCCCAUCAUUGCGAUGCAGCGCAAGUUUGGCGCGCUUGUCUCCGUGUCCACCUGAGGAGCCGGACGGCGCUCCUCCAAGUUCUUCUCUCUUCCUUUGAUUUCUAACUUCAACAAAGACAAACAAAUCUGCUGAUCCUCUGUGCAGCCGCUUUGAGGAUUUCUGUUUAUCCUCAGCCAAAAGUGAACGGCGAUGGCAGACUCUGAUGCGCAGGAGACUCGCCCACCAGCAAAAGACUCGCCGUUCUCCAUCAAGAACCUGCUGAAUAUUGAAGACAAGCCCACGAAGCCAAAGAACGGGCUCGGUUCGUCCAAAGGAGUUUUCGAAAGCGGCUUCUUUUCUCGACUCGGGGAUUUGUCCCUCCCUCGGUUUGAGCUGCCCGCACAGAGAAUUGGACUACCGGCGCAGUAUCUGGAAAGAGCGUCAGCCUGGUGGUACCCAUACGCCCUCGGAACACAUUUCAGGACAGCAGGAGCUGAAAAGGUGAACCAGAGGGAGACAUCACCAAUACUGGACAGGCACACCCCAGAUCCCCCCAAAAGUGACCAAGAAUCCAAAGAGGAGAGCGCCGACGACGAAAUUGCGCUGGAAGAAAGUGACGCAGAGGAGCCAAAGAAAGAAACAGACCAAGAGGAUGACUGGAUGAGGGAAGGGGACGACCUGGAGUCGGACAAGAAGCCCUGUCGAAAGAAGAAGACGCGCACAGUGUUUUCCAGGAGUCAGGUCUUCCAGCUGGAGUCCACCUUCGACAUCAAGCGCUACCUGAGCAGCUCGGAGCGCGCAGGCCUAGCCGCGUCGUUGCACCUGACGGAGACGCAGGUGAAGAUCUGGUUCCAGAACCGCAGGAAUAAGUGGAAACGGCAGCUGGCCGCGGAACUGGAGGCGGCCAAUAUGAGUCACGCGGCAGCGCAGAGGAUUGUAAGGGUCCCCAUACUGUAUCACGACAGCGGGGCCCCGGAAACGACAGGGGGUCCCGGGACAAACUCGCCCGGCGGCCAGCCACUGCUGUCUUUCCCCCACCAUAUGUACUAUUCCAAUGCAGUGCCGCUUCUGAGGCCAGUUUAAAGAUUUGGUUUGAGACAAUGUCACAUUGUUUUUAAAAGAAAAAGUAAAAACCAGAUAAAAUUUUGUAUAUUUUGUAGAUUUACGUUAAUAACUACAAUUAUUAUUAUUAUUAUUACUAUUUUGUUGCAAGGCAGUUAUGGAAAAACAGCUACAAAAUGAUAUUAUUUCUAUUGAUAGACUAUGUGUUUUUAUUUUAGUGGUUCAAAAAUGGUUUACUCGUGCAUUUUUAAAAGAACUGUGUCCGUUUUUAAUUUUAAAAAUGUGUCAUUAACUUUUUUUGUGCAAUAAUGCUGGCCUAAGCAGCGGAUCACUGUCAUCCAUAGCUCAUUUUAAAGGGAGGGGGGAUUUUUAUUUGCUUUGUAAUUGUGAGGACAAUCAUUUAAACCUUUAUAAAAUAGCUGAAAGUAGAAGGCAUUUUAAAAGCUAUACAAAAAGGCGACUUUUGGUGUCGGUUUCUGUGUUUGUUUGUUUUUUAAUUCUGUAUAUUAUGUGGUCGUACUCAGUAAAGAUUU